AUACAACAGCAGCGGCGAAAGCGAACUCCGAUGCUGUGCUGCGGCGCGCGGCUGAAAACCUGCCAUUCACGCGUGGCAACGUGGACGCGUUUUGCGGAACGUUGACUGCUGCUGAUUGGCGCUGUAUAUAUAUCCCAGUGUAUACGUAAACAAUCUUCCAAAUACCGCCUGCUGCGAGUAGAAGCAGAUGUUCAAGCCAGUAUUAAUCGAUUACAGCCGUGGCAGUGGUACAUAGCGUUUUUUACGGUGCACAAAAAUGUCGGUGAGCAAGACGUCGAUUUUCCGCUCCAGCACGGCGAAGCUGCUCUUCUGCACCCUGGGCAUAUUCGUCUGUUAUUCCUACUAUGCCAUCGUGCACGAGAGAAUAACGCGAAGACAGUACGUCGACGGGCCCAACACGGAGAAGUUCACGUACAUGAUAUCGCUGGUGUUCGUGUCAUGCGUCGUCAAUUGUUUAUUCGCCAAAGCACUCCUCAUGACAGUCAUGAAGCAGGGUGAGGACACCACCACCGUCAAGUAUUAUGCCACAUGCUCGUUGACUUACAUGCUCGCCAUGACCUGCAGCAACAUGGCCCUGCAAUUUGUUAAUUAUCCGACUCAGGUCGUUGGCAAAGCCGGUAAACCCAUUCCUGUCAUGAUACUCGGUGUCUUACUUGGUGGCAAGUCCUACCCUCUGAAGAAAUAUGUAUUUGUAUCGAUGGUAGUAUUGGGUGUUGUAAUGUUCAUGUACAAAGAUAAUGUACCAAGUAAACAGCUUGAGAAUGAAGGAUUUGGUCAAAUUCUACUUAUUUUAUCGCUCAUAAUGGAUGGUCUCACUAGUGCUGUACAAGAUAGAAUGCGAGCCAAUCACAAGACUAAAUCGGGACACAUGAUGUUGAACAUGAACUUGUGGUCAGUCGGUUUCAGUGGAGUUGUCAUGCUGUUUACUGGGGAAAUUGUGAGCUUUAUUUCAUUUUUACAAAGACAUCCAUCUGCUCUACAACAUAUUGCAACAUUCACUGUAUGCGGUGCUCUGGGACAAUAUUUCAUUUUCUUGACUGUGUCAGAAUUUGGACCAUUAGCUUGUUCUAUAGCUACAACAACCAGAAAAUGUUUUACUGUACUAGCUUCUGUUUUAUUCUUUGGUAAUUCAAUGCUUCCAAGACAGUGGAUGGCAACAUUUAUUGUAUUCUUUGGACUAUUUCUGGAUGGUUUGUACGGUAAAUCGCCAGCAAAAGUUCUUAAGAAAGAAGUAUCCAAGUAAUGGAUUAGGAAACUUAAAAAAAUUUAGAUAAAUUUUUUAAAAUGAAAUUAAAAGUGCAACUGUGACCUAUAUUCCCUGUACAUUUCAAGAAUAACUUUUUGUUGACCAAAGCAAAUGUAUAUUACCAAUGGUCAUCAGUUGCCUCAUUACAAAGACUUUGUUCUGAUUUACAUUACGAAAAACAAAAAAUAUUAUUUAUAGAUACUUUUCUACUUCUUAGGCUAAAUAACAAGUUGAAUUGUAUAGAGUUAGGCAGUAUUGCAUAAUAUGUUAUUUUAUUACUGAAUGAGUAUGUUGAUGUAAAUGAUUUUAUAGUAUAUUCUUUAUUUAUAUAUUUGAAUGAACGAAUGAAUGAAGAAUCUGUCUUUAUACAGACAUUCAUGCACAAUCAAGCGAGAAAUUGAAAUGUAUUUUCAAACGAAUGAAUCCAGAUUCAUCAAAGAUGUUUUUGGUAUACAUUCACGAUAAAGUGAUUUUUUUUAUCGAAUUUAGCGUAGACAUCACAAACACACAAAAAACUGUAAACUUUGUCCAAAAAUUUAGUGCAAUUGUUUUGAUAAAAAUAUAUA